CACACAUACUCAACCCCCAAACAGCAUGAUACCACGGUCUUUAAGGCAGGUGUCCCAGCGCUGGUGGUUUCACUCCUGCUGCCGAGACAGGCAUACGCUGAACCCUCGCACGUGGGCUGGAGCCCUCGGGCAGAGGUGGACAGGGCUGCGGAGUGGGAACGCCGGACCUCCCUUCAGGUUUGUUCGUGGCCUGCUGACCAGUCCUCUGAAUCAUUUUCACCGUUGCAAUGAAUUUUGGCCCUGACCGCUGCCUAGCGCCCGACCAAGAAUCAUCGGACUUGCUUCUUCCAUUGUUUGGUUCAGUUUGAAUGGGUCACCGAUUCAUGUCAAUCCUUCUUUCGUUGAUUCCUGCUAUCUACUGUUCCACAUAUGCGGUUCCUAUGUCUAACGUGGUGGCCACCCUUCUCCGCCCACCGAGGAUCUCCGACGGCUUCUGAUUUGGUCUUUUUCUGCUCUUCUGGUGACCCGAUCUGAUUCAGUUUCUAUAUUCAUCAUAAAAGGGUAGAAUUGUUUCAAUAUCCUAUACAGUAGAACUGGUUCUCCUGUCCGUUGGAGGCAUUCUUCUGGAAGAUGAACAACCAAAGGAUCUCACCCUCGUUGUCCUCCUCUCCCUUUGUUCCUUCUACUCCGACACCGACUUCCGUAUCAGAGUCACACCUCGCUUCGGUCCAUAGCCCUGGACUCUGCCACGUCAUGACCAACAUCAUCCUCUAUCAUUACAACCACACGGGGAGGAUGAACAACCGGAAGCCGCAAGAAGACAAGGUGAACGUUCUCGAGAUGGUCAUUGUUGCGGCCAGUUGCCUCAUCAUCCUGGAGAACCUUCUGGUCCUGUUGGCCAUUAUCCGAAAGGUGCGGGCUAGGAAGUGGGUCUACUCUUGUCUGGCCAGCAUCACUUUCAGCGACCUCCUGGCUGGAGUCUCGUACUUGGUCAACCUCUGCCUGUCCGGCAGCCGGACCUUCCAGCUGACGCCCACCAUGUGGUUCCUCCGGGAAGGCGUCCUCUUCGUGGCCUUGGCGGCCUCCACCUUCAGCCUGCUGGUGACGGCGGUGGAGCGCUACAGCGCCAUGGUGCGGCCAAUCGCGGAGAACGAAGCCGUCAAGACCAUCCGCCUGAGGAGCCUCAUCGUCUUCUGCUGGGCCUUGGCCAUCCUGAUCGGUCUGCUCCCUUUGCUCGGCUGGAACUGCCUUUGCCACGUGGGCCGCUGCUCCACCUUGCUCCCUCUCUACGCCAAGAACUACCUCUUCUUUGCCGUGGUGGUCUUCAGCGUGAUCCUGGUGGGCGUGGUGGGGCUCUACGCCUCCAUCUACCGCUGCGUCCUGAGAAGCGCCAAGCAGACCACCUCCAGGUGCGGCCGCAAGCGGUCCCUCCGGCUGCUGAAGACCGUCUCGCUCAUCCUCUUCGCCUUCGUCAUCUGCUGGGUCCCGCUCUUCGUCCUCCUGGUGGUUGACGUCUUCUGGGCCGACGAAACCUGGGAGCUCCACAAGGUUUUCGGCUGGCUGUUGACCUUGGCCGUGACCAACUCCUUCAUCAACCCCAUCAUCUACUCCUUCGGAAGCAAGGAAGUGAGGACGGCGGUGGUGGAACUCGUCUGCUGCUGUUGCAUCUGGGCGGAGUGCCGGGGAGUGAACAGCAACCGUGGCCACCUCAAUUCUUCCACCGGUACAGGGAGUUCCCUGAAACUGCGUGAGAGCUUUCGUAGCUCGGUGACCCUCAACCGAAGAGCGAGGGAACCUCUUUCCAGCAAUUCAAGCAUGAUGAGUACCAUGAUGUCUGACUGAAGCCCAGAUCUCCAUUCGUGUGAGCCACACCAUAAAACAGAACUGUGCUCUGUGUUCGAAUGCCGGCUCUUCUACCCCAUGCACGCUGUACUCAGAACUUGCCUUCUCCCCACCGCAUGGUGGGCGAGAAUCUCAGUGUGCUUGUCUGUGUGCGGUGCACCACAAUGUGGGCUGAUCCUGAGCGGCUGGACUGGUCCCAGCACCCCCUUGAGGUGGACCGCUGAACUGCAGUUUGUGAAGUGAAUUCUAGCUCCCUUCUUGAGUCUUGUUCUCUCAGGUUGGCCGUUGAGAAGAUUUCUGUACCUGAACUUUGAUCAACGAACUCCCUGUGCUCCGGUUUAUUCCUCUGUGCUUCUGGGACCCUUGCUAUUAGGGCUGGUUUUUCUAUGACGUAGAGUUAAAAUAAUAAUAAUCUCAGAACGGUAGAACUGGAAAGGGACCCCGAAGGAUCAUGCAGUCCAGCCCCUGUCAAGUAGGCCUCGUGGCAGAGUCAAACUCCCAACCUCUGGCUCUGGAGCCAGAGGCCUCCACCGCAGAGCUAUCCCUCACCCUUUAUUAGACCAUCUCAUUCCAUAAUAUGCACGAUUGUCGUAAUUUGGGAAAAGAGACUUAUGACUCCUUCAAGGAAAAGACAGCGGAUUCUCUCCGUUCUGCAACAGAUACAAACACGCCAGGAGUCUUGAUUGAUUGUUGCUGUCUUCUUUUUUAAAAAGAAGUUUUUAAUGUUUUUUUGCAUCCUCACAUAUAGCAGUUUCCAUUUCCAUAGGUAUGAGCUUUUGCUUAGAGUUCGUUUGCCUCCGAGACCUGUUAUUGUACAAAGAGUAGAAAUAAACAGAGAAAUAAAUCAAUCUGUACAGGA